AUGAGGCUCCAUACUUCCAUCCUGGCAACAGCUGCCAUCUUUGUCAGUAGCGUUACUGCCUUCCCUUCUUCAGUUUUCGAGACUAGCACCCCGAAGCCAUGGGGCUUUUUCGUAAACAAUACAAUCUAUCAGACAACUGGCAGCGAGAGUAUCACUUAUCCUCGCUACACUGAGUUGCGGGAUGGAACUAUUAUCGCAACUGCAUCGCUAUCUGGAAACUCGCCCAACUUUUUCCCUAUCUUUGAAUCCAAGGAUGGCGGUGCUACAUGGAAGCAUGUCUCUGACUUGCGCGAUACUGUCAAUGGCUUUGGUAUGAGUGCGCAGCCUGCCUUGACAGAAUUAACCGAGCCUAUGGGAGGCUACCCAGCGGGCACAAUCUUGGGUAGCGGUAACAGCUGGGGGCCUAAUAGCACAAGGAUCGACCUUUAUGCUAGCAAAGACCGGGCAAGAACAUGGCAAUUUGUAAGCCAUAUCGCCGAAGGCGGAAGACCCAAUACCACAAACGGAGCCACACCGAUCUGGGAGCCGUAUCUGCUUCAGUACAAAGGCCAGUUAGUCGCCUACUACUCGGACCAACGUGACCCGAAGCACGGCCAAAAGCUCGCUCACCAAACAUCCACCGAUCUCAAGACUUGGGGUCCUGUCGUGAACGAUGUAGCCUAUGAACAGUACACCGCCCGUCCCGGUAUGACCGUUGUGGAAUACAUCCCGCCUCUGAAGAAAUGGAUCCUCGUACACGAACUUCCAAUUGGCAACUCCUCCUCCUAUGGCUCCAACUACCCCGUAUAUUAUGUUAUGGCUGAUUCUCCUCUGGACUUCCGCAAGAGCGUCGGUCGACCCAUCGUCAUCAACAACAGCACCGUGCCCAAUGCUAGCCCAUAUGUGGUCUGGAGCCCUGUUGGUGGACCCCUAGGUACAAUUGUGGUAUCUGACGCAGACCGGAGGCAGGUAUAUACAAACUCGUAUGGCGGUGCUCUAGACAAGUGGGAAGAGCAUGCUACGCCUGCGGGAGCAGUGUACUCGCGUGCUAUCCAGAUCUUCAAAAAGAGACCAGAUCAUCUGAUGAUCUAUGGUGGUGAGACAUUCGAUGAUUUUGGCAAGGGACUUCACACGCCGUUUUCGGCGACAGUACUUGAUCUCAAGAAAGUUUUGAAGGCGCCUGCGCAGGAAGGGUGA